AGCCCUCCUGAGAGUACUCUGCGUAGUGCGUAGUCGCUGAAGCAAAAACCAUCUUUCCAAGCUCCAAAAAUCCUCUCUCAUUCUCCUCCAUGGACGCAAUUGAUCUCUCAUUCUUUUCGCACAGUCCGCUUCUCUCUCCAUUGCGCCCAAAUCCGCCGUCAAAACACCGUACUCUCUCUCAGAUCCCGGCGGGAAGCAAUUCACGGCGGCGGGAGCCGCUGCGAGCAAUGAGUCAUGUUGGCGAGACGGCCUCCAAGGAGGCGAAGCUGUGGGGAGGGAGGUUCGAGGAGAGUGUGACGGAGAAGGUGGAGAAGUUCACGGAGUCGAUUUCGUUUGAUAAGUUGCUCUACAAGCACGAUAUCAUGGGGAGCAAAGCUCAUGCUACCAUGCUCGCUAAUCAGGGACUUAUAACGGAGAGUGAUAGGGACAGUAUCUUGCACGGUCUCGAUGACAUUGAGAAGCAAAUAGAAGCAGGAGAAUUUGUCUGGAGGACUGAUCGAGAGGAUGUGCACAUGAACAUAGAAGCAGCUCUUACUGAUAUGAUUGGUGAGCCUGCAAAGAAACUUCAUACAGCUCGGAGCCGGAAUGAUCAGGUCGCCACCGAUUUCCGGCUAUGGUGUCGUGAUGCUAUUGAUUCGAUUAUCGCCAAAAUAAAGCAUCUUCAGACUGCACUGGUGACUUUGGCUUUGAAGAACGAGGCUUUGAUUGUUCCUGGUUAUACCCAUCUUCAAAGGGCUCAACCCGUUUUAUUACCCCAUGUCCUCCUAACAUUUGUGGAGCAGCUUGAACGUGAUGCUGGUCGUUAUAUGGACUGUCGGGAGAGGCUGAAUUUCUGUCCCCUUGGAGCAUGUGCUUUGGCUGGAACUGGCCUACCCAUUGAUAGGUUUAUGACUGCAAAUGCUUUGGGAUUCACUGCACCGAUGAGGAAUAGCAUCGACGCUGUUUCAGACCGGGAUUUCGUAUUGGAGUUUUCGUUUGCGAAUUCCACGACAGCCAUUCAUCUAUCACGGCUCGGUGAAGAGUGGGUACUCUGGGCUUCUGAGGAGUUUGGUUUCAUCACUCCAAGCGAUUCGGUUUCAACUGGAAGCAGUAUAAUGCCUCAGAAGAAAAAUCCUGACCCUAUGGAACUCGUCCGUGGAAAAUCUGCUCGAGUCAUCGGGGAUCUCGUCACUCUUCUUACCUUAUGCAAGGGACUCCCCCUCGCUUAUAACCGUGAUUUCCAGGAAGAUAAAGAACCGAUGUUCGAUAGUGUGAAGACUAUAGCGGGAAUGCUCGAUGUAUCUGCGGAAUUUGCCCACAACGUUUCUUUCAACCACGACAGAAUAAACAAGGCUCUACCCGCUGGACACCUCGAUGCUACCACCCUCGCCGAUUAUCUCGUGAAGAAGGGGAUGCCAUUUAGGUCCUCUCACGAUGUAGUUGGAAGAUUAGUUGCAGUGUGCGUCUCGAGAGGCUGCGAACUUCAGAACCUGAGUCUCGAAGAGAUGAAAGACGUGAAUGCGGUUUUCGAGGACGACGUCUAUGAAUUCCUGGGCGUCAAGAAUUCAGUCGGGAAAUUCUGUUCGUACGGUUCGACCGGGUCGACCUGUGUGGCCGAGCAGCUCGCCUACUGGGUCCAGAGGCUUCAGAUCACUGCUACCGGCUGAAAGAUGGAAUCUUUCUGGUUCUCGAUUCCGCGUUAAGAAUAGUAUUUGGCUCGAUAUCGUUGCAUCGAGUUUGUAGCGAGAUUUCGAGCGACUCGGUAUCGUACCCUUGAACCCUUGUAUUGGACUGGUAUUUUGAGGAUUGAGGUAUUGGUGGUGUGUUUUCCGUGGAGAAAUAGAAACCCUUAACGCAGACACGGAUUACACAUUCCUCGACAUCA